AAUAUAUACAUAGAUAACUACCCAAGAUGGCGGCAGCGUCAUCCAUCCAGCCGCCCAUCGUACACUCUUCUCUAGCCGGGGAGAGCACACUUUCCCCGGAGAUGGACAGCCCCGAGAGCCGGCAGCCGGAGGAUGAGGAGGCGGCGGCGGCGGCGCAGCCCUCCGACUCGGGGAUUAGCCUCCGCGACUUGCCGGACCUGGAGCCGGAGGAGAUCGAGAGGAGGCUGGCCAAAACUCGCCAGGAACUGAGCAACAGGAGGAAAAUCCUCAUUAAGAACCUGCCGCCUGACACCACUAACCAGGAAGUCCAUGAAAUUCUGAAAGAAUAUGAACUGAAGUACUGCUUUGUGGACCGCAACAAAGGCACAGCCUUUGUGACUUUGCUGAACGGGGACCAGGCUCAGGAUGCCAUCCGCUCCCUCCAUCACAGCACUGUCCGGGGACGCUUGAUCAACGUCACGCUGCAGCCCACCGACUCCCUGCUCUGCCUCACCAACCUGCCCCACACCUUCACUGCCCAGCAGUUUGAGGAGCUGGUACGCACCUACGGAAACAUUGAGCGCUCCUUUCUGGUGUACAGCGAGCUGACGGGCCACUCCAAAGGAUAUGGGUUUGUUGAAUACAUGAAGAAGGACUCUGCUUCACGGGCCCGUUCUGAGCUGCUGGGCCGACCGCUGGGCGAUCGCUCAUUGAUGGUGCAGUGGAUGGACGUCAACCAGCUGAGUCAAGAGGAGAACCUGCACUCCAAGUGUCUGUGUGUGAACCGGCUGCCGCUGGACCUCUGUGACUCUGAAGAACUGACCCAGCUCUUCUCUGAAACCUACAAACCUGUCUUCUGCCAGCUUGCUCAGGAUGAGGGCAGCCCAGUCCGAGGCUUCGGUGUGGUGGAGUAUGAGAGCACAGAGCAGGCAGAGGCAGUGCUGAUAGAGAUGGACCGAACGCUGGUGGGAGGACAGGAGGUCCGUCUGUCACUCUGUACCCCUGGCACCUCAGGGAGAAGCACCCUGGCUGCCCUCAUCGCUGCCCAGGGUAUGAUUCUGAGUAAUAGGAAAGGUCUGCUACCAGAACCCAACCUAGCCCAGCUGUUGACCAGUAUGACCAAUCCUGCUGCCCUGCAGAUCCUCAUGAGACCGUACCACACUGGGAAAAGAGGAGGGAAGUACGGGCGUCACGCCAGCCUGCCGUUCCUCAGACCUCCUCUCACCACAGCUCUGCUCACACUGGGAAAAGCGCACCAGAGUGCUAUGCUUGGUAAUGGGCUAGUCCUCCAGAACCUCUUGCAUAUGCAGCUCGCACAGCAACAGCUUCUACACAUCAAAGACAAACGCAUCAGCAGCGUCUCCAGUCUGCUCGGGGACCCGUCCAGGCUGCUCAUGCAGAAAGCUUUGUCUCUGCGGCCUCCAGGCCUUGUGCCGCUGGGGAAAGGCCUCCUGGGAGACUCUCCUACAGAGUUGUGCCAGGAGUCCGUACCAUCGUCCACUCACAAUGCCACAGUAGUGGUAUCAGCAGCAGGUGUGAUGCCAUACCUCCAGGGUCGAGCUGGAGGGGGAGAACAAAACAGCACCCAUUCUAUCUCCACAAACCCUUGUGCUUCCUCCUCCUCUUCUUCUUCCGCCACCACCUUAAGUGACAGGCAGCCAGCUCCUCCUGGGACCAUGGUGAGCUCCCAUCAGCAGGGACAGAGCUAUUCCUUGGGUAUAAGUAACUCAGGCCUUGGCCCGCCUCCACCUAUGCCCCCUGGAGGAGUUUAUACGUCAGCAGGCCUGCACAGUAACUCAGAUGGCUGCCCCCUGCCUAGCAUGGUAAGCAGUGGUCAGAGCUCUCUGUUGGGGGAUCCUCCUAAAGAAGUCAGACUGCCCUCCAAUCCUUACCUGAACCUGGCCAGUGUAAUGCCAGGGGUGGUUCUGCAAGGGUCAGUGGGGAGUAAAGCCCAGGGAGGACAGCCUGGCUCCGGGGUGUACGGCACCUCGGUUGUUCCCGUUGUCUCCCAGGGCUCCGGCUCCUUCUCCCACAGCGCAACAGCUACAACAACAGCUCCGUACACCACUGAUACCUCCACUGACUACAGCCAAUACAACCAGGCCUACACGCAGGAGGCCAUGCAGCAGUGGUACCAGCACUACCAAGCAGCACAAGCUCACACCUACUCCACUGUUGCUCCACAGGACAGCACAGCCACAGACUACACCAAGGAGCACACACAGGCUCCGCCAGUGUCAACCUACGGGGAUUACAAUUCCUACAUGCAGGCGGUCACUCAGUACUACUCCCAGCCUGCAACAGCCAACCAGGCCUACGCCACCAAGGAGGUAGAUGUGUGUAAGCCUCUAGGAGUCUCUCUGCACGCGGUCAGUAAUGGCGCCCCCCCUCCACCGGCCGUCCUACCAGCUGCUGCUGUGCUCCCAGCCUACAGCACCCUGCCUUUAAUGCCCGGCUUCCUCGGGGCGCCACACCCGGCGGCAGCCACGGCAACCCCUGUCACGCACACACACACUGCCGCCACUGACUGGAACACCUACUACUAUAACCAGACAAGGGGCCAUAAGAGGGAGUACCCUCAGUUGGCGGUGCAGGAAGUGACAUCAUCAGAUGGUGCCUACAUCGGGCAGCACUCCCAAGGCCUGGGAGGGCAGUAUGCUGACUACUUUAAGAGGAAGAGGCUCUAGUAUGAACCAAAACCACCUUAAAGCCUAAAGCUUAUGGAGGGACGCACACAAACUCAGCAUCUGCUGGAUGUCACAGCUCCCUCUAGUGGCCUUUCUGUGGCGGCCAUUUUGCAUCCCUACAGUAGGUAUUGAGCUUAAUAGAAUUUGGGGUUGCAAAUGGCUCAAGUGAAAGUAAGCCAUAGUGCUCUUUGAUCCUGGCACUUAUGUAUACACACACACACACACAUACACACACACACACCCAAACACAAACAUGGUGUUGCUUCUGUCCUGUUCAAGCCUUAACUCUUAAACUUAAAUUGUUGUUUCUCAGUGUGUCAACUGUACUUAACUAAUAUUAUCUUGUAAUUUUUUUCUAAUAUAAUGUAAACUAAAUUAUACUGCAUCUGUAUAUAUAAGCUGCUCUCGUAUUUGCAGCCAGGCAACCUGUCUGCCUGCUGAAACUGUCUUAGGACUGGUCUUACAGUCAAGUCUCUCCCUCAGUCUCCUUUCAAAAGACAAAAUGUCUUUGAUUAGUCAGUCGAACUGACAUCUGUCUGUUGCUGCUUCAGUGUUUUUUCCCUUUUCCUUUUAUUGCCCAGGUUCCUCUUUUAUAUCUCUCCCCGCAGUGAGAAUUAGUUUGUGCGUGUGUAUGUGUUUUAUGCGUGUUGAUAUGCUAUUUCUGUAGGAAGUGUCAGCCAUUUCAAUCCCAAGGUUUGGGAGCACAUCAGGAAAAAAAGGGCCUGAACCAAUCAAAGCCCUUAAUUGUGGUGACUUAACAAUAGCUUCCCUCAAUGAAUGGACCUUUCUUUGAAAGACUGGACAGAAAAUAAAAGGCUGGUGUAAAUACAGUGUGUAAUACAGAAUAUAUAAAGCCAUGCGUAACAGACAAUAUCAUAUAUAAUGGACAUUUCCCAGCUCAUUUUGUGAGCGUAUUGUACUACACGAAUGAAAGGAAAGCAUUUACUAUGUGUCUGUUUUUUUUCAAUCUAUACUGUUAUAUAUUUGUAAUAUAAUCUAAUAAUAUUCCAAGGCAAUUCAAGUCAUUUAUUAAUAUUGAAUCAAAAAGUGUUGACUCAAAUGUAGUUAUCUGGUUUGGUUUUUAACCUGUAAGCCAAAUAUUAGGGCACAGUCCUUUCUCUUCUCUUCUCUCUUCUUUUUUUCUCUUCUCUUCUAUCUACUGUAACACAUUAGGGUAUUUUGAUCUGUUGGGACUGUAACAGGAGCUUUACUUUCAUUUCCAGCUGCAAUUAGAACAUAAAGGUUUCUGACUGUGUGUCCCGAAUCCAUACCACAUACUAACUCAAAGCAGGUUUUGAGUAUGUAAUGUGUUUGUAAAAGUGAAAAAAGAACGUUUACUCUAUUCACUCAGUAUGCAUUCGAAAAACCCCGCUGUUUUUAGUGUGCUGUUGAUGGAAAUGGAGGAGCUGCUCACAGAUGGAAAACAAAUUUAACUAAUGGUUGAUGUUGGUGAAUCAGCUCCAGGCACACCUAAAAAAAAUGUAUGUUGCUGUCUGUUUGUGAAGUUUAAAUGGCAGUGAUGUUCCAAAGUCACAGUUUGAAUGCAUUUGCAUUAGUAUAAAACAGUAUAUUGAUUUUUUUUUUUUUUUGUAUACUGACAGCAACAAUUAUACUAUAAAGGUUAGUAUAUACUGCAUACGAUUGGUAUGUAGUAUGAGAGUGAGACACAGUCUUUAUCAUUUGAGGGACUGUAUGAUUUUCUGAAUCAAACACUUCUUUUUUGUGCUACUAUAUAACUAAUAACUAAUAAAUAAUUUUAAGUUUUUAGGGGAAACAGAAAAAUAGCAAACUAUUAAUGUUAAUCUUUGCAGAGCUGAUUUUUUUCCAGCUGCUUUUACAAAGAAACAGAGAUUAAUUAUUCUUUAUUCUUUGUGGAAAAACAGACUCUUUUAGGACGUUUUGUUUGUUUUUGUUUUUACCACUUCCAUUAUCGAUAUUAGAAUAAAGGCUAUGAACUGAAUUAUACUUAAUGUCUAGAAAGUUUGUUUGAUGUUCGUUACUAAGGAGAGGGCUUGGUAUUUUAAUAUUACAGCUUGGACAUUAGGUUUGUUAUGUGCACAGGCCUCUUGUCUAACAAACCGGCAAUAACUAAGGCUCCUACUACUGUAGAAAGUUGAGUGUAAAAUGUUUAUAUUCUAGUGUAAAUGUUUUGCCAUUCACACAGCAUUAUAUACUCCUACGUAACGGCUCAUACACGUGGUAAAAGCUUUUUUCUUUUCUAUAUGUCUUUGUAUUCUGCUUAUAACUAUCUGACUACAUGACACAGAGCGGAAUAUUACUUCCAUCGCCAUGGCAACCACGCUCACACACUGUGAAGCCCAGUAGCAGGUGAGAUCAGAUAACGCGUACACAUCAGUUUAGUCCAGUUAUAUGUGGUGUGAGUUUCUGGGAUAACAGCUUGUUGGAAACAGGACGUACAUGAUGUUUACAUGUGCAGACACAAUAACAGAAGAGUUGAGUAUCUGUGGUAAUGUGGUGUGCAGGUACGCUUAUUAAGUACUAAUAAUAUGGCUUAACAUUAAACUAAGGGCAAUGCAUAUCCCUCUAUUCUUUGUAUCUUUCCAUUACCUCUUCGUCGACUCUCUUGCUGUCUGCUCUUUGUCCAAUUACAUGUUUUCUAACUCGAUUUUACUGUGAUGUGUUUCAUGGUGUCACAUUAAUCAUAUUUAACGUGCAACUGCGACAUAUUUUGAAGCAUGCAGCCAUAGAAUAUUUUAUGGAGGAUAUGAACAAUACAAAGAACAAAGGAUGCUAAAUAUUUGCACAAAUACAGGCAGAAAGAGGAUCAGCCAGAGUAGCUGCCGAUCAAAGCCUUUUUUGUGUUCACUGAGUGCCUGUAUGUGUGCACAUAUUAAGCAUAAUGAAUUUUGUCUCUUUUUUGCAUUCAAUGACUCCCUUCCUUUUUUUUUGGUAUUACCAUUGACCCGUUUGGGAAGCCUUUUUCCUGGAUUAACGACAAUGUUGUCCUGCUUUCCUCACUGAUCCUUUUUCUUCCCCAUUUGUCUUCAAAAUAUCAUACACGUUCUAUUUAGCACACAUUUCUAUUUUCAAUUUACAUUUAUUUUAAUUUUACUAACUUGUCUUUGCGCUAUUGUGGCUUACUGUAUGUCCUGUCUAUUUCCUGUAUGAUUGUGACUGUAACUUCUGGUGGGUGUGCUUUAUUUAAAAUGCUUUUAGUUUGGUGAUUUGUUUUUUGCAGGCCUACACAGUACUAUUAAACACAGAUCCACUUAUAUUUAACCAUUUUGUAUCACCAAAACAACCACAAAGUAUAAAGUAUUUCUAAAUGUGACUCCAAAUUAACACCUUACAACUUGGUCACUUAUUAGAGAUUUUUGCUUGAAUUUCUAAAUAAUCUGCACAAUUUAAUUGCUGCUGUUUAAAUUAAUGUAUCGCUAUCAUAUUGCACAAAGACAAAAUAUCCAUAUCUUGUAGUUGUGUAGGUCUGCAAUUUAAACAUCUUUGAAGCCCUUUCCUCACCUGCUCUGCUGUGCUGCUCUUGAUUUUUCUGUCUUGAAAUAGCAAAUGAAACAAAUUUUGGGGGAAAGGUGACAGAUCCAGUUAGCCAGCCUGCUAACAUAGGGAGUUGAAAGUGAAAGUUGCGGAGAAAGAGCCCCACUUUCCCCGUGCUGUCUAUGUCUGUCAUCAGAUCUACUUUCACAUGAUGUCUCUUUCUCCAUCUGAAGCCAUUUUGCACUUUCCCCUCUUAUGCAAGUCUUUUUAAUUGUUUUUUCCCCACACCACUGUUUCAUCAACUUGCCUGUCUGACCUGGCUCGGAGCCACAGUUUGAUUUGCUUCCUGGUGUGAGUGGAUGAAAAGUAGUCAGCUGGACUCCAGUUCUCUCUUUCUGCCAGGUGAUUGCUCUCACCUGCAUCUCUCUAAAAGGCAAGAUAGAAAUGUCUGAGUGUGUGUGUUCGGACCAGAGACGGGGCCUCUGUGUUUGUGGAUGUGAACAGCUGAGGCAGCAGACUUUAGACAGCACUGUCUGCUCGUCUGUUUUUCCCGUCUGCCUGCCUGUCUGUCUUCCUGACUGUCUGUUUUCCAGUCCGGCUGUCUGCCACAAUGUACUCAGUUACUAAAGUCAGUCAGGCCUGAAUUAUUUUAGUGGUAUUCCAACAAUUGUGUUGGCCUUUUCUCUGCAUUAUGUCUCACUUCUUCUAAAACCAUGGCCAUGUAUACUACAGUAUACAUAGCCAAAUAUACAUACACAAAUCAACAUUGAGAAAUCUUGCAAGUCCACAUUCGAGAGAGCGACGGGACAAAUACCUAAACAUAUAGAACAAGUUUUCCGAAACAGAACUAGAAAUCCGGAGUGUAACUGAACCGUGUCUCUAGACUUGAAUGCGCAGUAGGUCUUCCUUUGCUUGCCAUUUUCAAAGUUUCACACAAUCAGUUUUGGCCAUUCACAUGCAAAAACAGACUGAGAGCAGAACUCUCAAGAACCUUGGACCUGAACAAGAAGUGUAGUGUCACUCUUAGACCCCGUCUUCCUCUUUCCAGUGUAGUCCAUCGUUAUACAUUUAGCUGUUAUUUGAAGUUUUGUUUCUAAAUCAAGUUUCCUGUACCUUUUUAUCUACGAGAAAGGUGUGACGUCCAGUAAUGUGCGUAUCCUGCUGAAGCCUGCUUGCCAGAAACUGUUGGUUAGCACAUUUUCUUUCUGUAAGAACUGCCAAACUGUUCAUGGAUGUGACAAAAUAAGAAAUGAUUGCUCCAAACAUGGUUUACACUUUCAAAAAUCGGACCCUGUCUGUUCUCACAUCUUGACUUGCAGAUUGAUUAAAGUUUCUAUUUGCUGUAAGUUCGCUCACAAUAGUUUUCUUCGUUUCUGAGCUUCCAUAAUGUUCCCGAAUUGCAGAUAAUGAGAGUUGAACUGGUGUUUACUUCGACUGGUUCUCUGUGUGUGCUGAAACCAGUAAUUGUAGGUACUGUAGGUUUGUGUGUGUGUGUGUGUGUUUCUCUGGGUGUAGCUCUCUAAAAAUAUGCUCUUGGCAGGUAAUGGGGGUGAGGAGAGACAGGCUGAAAGAAAAGGAAUGGAAAAACAACUCCAGCUGCCAUCAGCCGCUCAGCCUGCAGGGAUGUCUGUUUUUUUUGGGGGGGGGGGCUUUCUCCUCUUCUGUCUGCAUCGCUCAGUGAAGAGUGUUUGUUAUGUCUGCCAGACUCCUGCAUGUUGCAUGUACCUGUAGAGCUGUCACACACACACACACACACACACACACACACACACACACUCCCAACACAAUGGAAAUGUCUCCUCUCUGCUCUGGUAUUUGUAUUAGUUGCAAUCUCACAGACCAUUUCUGCCCUCUGCUGUCACACAACUUCUAGUGUGAU